UUCUUAUAAGCAUCGAAGACAUAGGAUUGACUUUCAUUCAACUGCAAGAAACAACCUUGCUUUGAAAAACUUUCUGAUUCUUUACAAUUAAAAGAAUGAUACUUAAGACCCAACUCCAAUAGAAGGUCAAGAAAGAAGACCAGAGGUUUAAAUCUGAGCGAGAGAGAUAGUUGAACUAUUAGUUGUGAAAGCAACAAGAUUCCAGUUUCUAUUACAACGAACUAGAUUCAUUUUUCAAAAGAAGACAAUUCCACUCAAGAUUUACUAGACCAAGCAGGACAUUUUAUCGAUAUGUUGAAAAAGUUUAAGGAUAUUUAUGGCAGACAAUUUGACACUUCAGACAUUUUCAAAGAGAUAGCUAGAAUAUCACAGCAAUCUAGAAAUAUAGAAGCUUAUGAAAACCUAGGUUUAAACCAGUACCCUGAUCUGAACGAUCUUCAAAUUUCUGAAAAUCUAAGAAUCGAAGAAAAUGAAUAUCAAAAUCUCAUCUCAAGCAGGCACAAUAGACUAAAUCGAUCAAUUCCUCAUGGUCAGAACUCCUCAGUCCUUACUAAAUCAGUACACUUUCAGGAAGAUAGCCAGAUUGGACAAGAACAUUGACCUAUUCUUUUCUGAUUAUAAUUGCUCGAGUCAAGAAGUUUAUACCAGAGAGGAUUCAGAAAACAUUAAAGAGUAAGAAAGCAGGCUUGAUUGAUUGAAUUUUCUUCAAUGGAUAAUUGGGAUUAAGUUUAUUUUCAGAGAGCAAGGAGCAAAUAUUUUUGAUAAAAAAUUCCUUAAAAAGACAGCAAAGAAAUAUUCUAAAGAUUCUAAAGCUUUUCCUAUUAAUU